AUGACGACGGUUCUCUGCGGCGUCUGCGAGACAGAGCCAAAGAAGUACAAAUGUCCGACUUGCGCGCUUCCAUACUGCUCAUUAGCAUGUUUCAAAACACACAAAGUCACACACCCAGAAGAUGCCGUUUCGUCAACAUCAAAACCCGCUGAGCCAACCAUCCCACAACCACCACCACCCGCUCCCAUACCGCGCUACCUCAAAAGCCGCACCGACUUCUCCACUCUAGCCACCAGCCCCAAAUAUCAAGACCUUCUAAAAGCAAACCCUAUAUUGCUCUCCACCCUCCAACGCGUCUACGCCAAGACCAUACAACCAGACCCGGAAGACGAAAGACGGCGGCGCAUGCUCGAAAGGAACAUGUCUCGAGGACGAGGUUCAAGAGGCAGAGGAAGAGGCAGGGGAAGGGGUGGCAGGCAUUGGGAGGAGAGAGAAGAGAGGUGGACACCUAAGAAGGGGGAUAAAGAUGCCAUGGCGGUGUUGAAGUCGAUUCGGGACGGGGAGGACAAUCAAGAGGAGAAAGAGGCCAUGGCACAAUUUGUGGAGUUGGUCGACGAGCUUUUCGGGAAAAAAGAUAAGAAAACUGGUGUUGAAGGAUGA